GAUACCGGCUUGACUGUGCUACUGAGGCAUUUCUUCAUGUUAUCUGAGAAAUGUUCCUGUUGAAGGGAAACUGUUCAUCUUGUGUUUGCUAUAGAGAAGCACGGUUCAUCCCGAUGUGCCUGCAGGAAUUUCGGCUCAUUAACUGACCAAAGGCUCUGGCAUUUCUGACACCCCCCCCCCACCCCCCCAAUCCCCAUCUCUGGAACCUCCCCCACAUUGCCCUCUGACUCACCUGAGAGAAGACGGCAGAAGACCUGCAGAUCCCUCCCCUCAGAAUACUGCUCAUUCACCUGGAGAGAGAGGACAUACGAGAUACAGGAUGGACAACAGCUAUGCUCUCUCUUACGCUGCACUGGCUGCUUGACUCACUUCUGGUUUGGAAGAGAGACGCAGAGAGGAGCGCGGAGAAGAACUUGUGCUCUCCUGGAUUAGAAUUCAAAGAGAGCUGAUCCUUAUCGUAGGAGCGAGGCUUUCAGGAUGAUCUUGGGAAGCAUCAACCGAACUGGGGGUGUCCCUACAUUUCUGCGGACCCCCACCGUCAUCCAGCCUCAUCUGGAUAUGAAGCCCUUCCUACAGUUUCAAAUGGAGACGAAUCCUCCACACAGCGUUGGUCUUUUCCACAACUUCAACGCGAUGGAUCCUGUUCAGAAGGCAGUGAUCAACCACACCUUUGGAGUCCCACUGGUGAAGACCAAACGGCCAAUCAUUUCCUGCAAUGUCUGCCAGAUCCGCUUCAACUCUGAGAGUCAGGCAGAAGCCCACUACAAGGGGAACCGUCAUGCUAGGAGAGUCAAAGGCAUCGAGACCUCAAAGAGCCGCCCACAAGAGAGUGACAAACCUCCUCCCGGGCCCAUCUCGUCCCCCUCACCUACGGGACCCUUGCUGGCUGUCUCAGACACUGAGCUCAACAAAACAGAUGAGACGCGGCCAGCGCCACAGUUAAACGGACCCGCGGUGGCCCCGGGGCCCGUGGCCAUUUCUGCUCCCCCUACCCCAGAAUCCCCCGGUCCUUCUGCAUGUCCCCUUCUGUCCACCCCCACUAACCCUCAACCACCCCCAGCCACCUCCUCAUCCCCCGGCUGUGGCUCUUCUAACCCAGAGCAGGCUGGCACUGGGGCCCCUGGGGCCCCAUCAGUCACUCCCAGCAACCCUGAGACAGAAGAGGACAAAGCCAAGAAGCUGCUUUACUGCUCACUGUGCAAAGUGGCCGUCAAUUCGCUCUCCCAGUUGGAGGCCCACAAUAAAGGCACUAAACACAAAACCAUUCUGGAAGCCCGCAGCGGACUGGGCCCCAUUAAGGCAUACCCUCGUUUGGGUCCGAAGCCCAGCGGGGAGCAGGGAGGCGGGGCCUCAGACCCCAAUACUCAGGAACGCACCUUCCACUGUGAGAUCUGCAAUGUGCGGGUCAACUCAGAACUACAGCUCAAACAGCACAUAUCAAGUCGACGGCACCGGGACGGAGUGGCAGGAAAGCCAAACCCCCUCCUGAGCCGACACAAGAAGCACAGGGGAGCUGACCUUGCUGAUCUCACCAAAGCAUUAGGCGCCGGCCUCCUGCCGAGUCCUCUGGCCGUUGCUGCGGCAAUGGCAGCGGCCGCCUCCUCCAAUCAGCUGGCUCUCCGCGCAGCAGCCCCCACCCAUCCACAUCAUCACCUGCUGCAGGGUCCGCCCCUCAGUCACGCCAUCUUGAGACCAGCUCCGGGGCCCAUACGCACCUCACACGGUCCGAUCCUGUUCUCGCCGUACUGACUCCGCCCUCACCCCCCUUAGCCAAUCACAGCCAGUCCGGAGCCUCACCUCCAAAAGCACACUGUGAAGACGAAAAAAAAUAGUGAAACAAACAUCACAGAAAUGACUAGAAUCGGCUCAUCAACAACAACGUCAAUCAUCAAACCAAGCAGAAGGGGGCGCAAAGUGGGAGCAAUCACGAAGGAGGGUGCAACUGGCGUUCCAACUCUCUUUUCACCACCCUUAACUGCCUCCUCCAUCUCCGUUCGUUUGGUUUGAGUGAUUUAUUUGUUGGUGGACGAAUGGACAAAUGCAGGGAUUGUUGGAAUAGAGCAAUAUUGUAUGUAUCUGACAUCCUUGUUCCUUCCCUCUAUUUAUACUCAUACUGUGAGGUAGCAGAAGUCACAUCGUAGCCAGACAUGCUGGAAUGAGUUAGGCAACUAUCUAGAGACCCCAAAACACACAACCCAACACACAAAGACUACAGUUAAAUGUUUCUGUUGUUCGGAAUAAAUGCACCCUCAACCCCUAUGCACCUUGAGAAACAUACAAAACCAUGUUACAUCAGUACGCUUCUCGUAGUAUUCUCUGUAUUCAACUUGUCCUGUCUGGCUUUGGCAUCUUCGCAAGAGAAAAACGCCACAAUCUCAGUCGCAGUUCCACCAUGUCAAGGCUCAAAGCAGGGGAUUGUGGGGAAGGUCUAAGGAUGCUCGACUCUUUCCGAAUGCUGGUUCGAAAUGAGCGUUUGAAGCUCAGCGUCGUCGACUUCAUAGUCGCAUCUCUCUAGGGAAACAGAGAGAUGCAGAAGAGAUACUCAAGAUCUCUUUUGUGUCGCUUUUACAUCCGUUAGCGCUAGGAGCGGUUGACUGAAAAACCCCAGACCUCUGUCUAGAGCUUAGAAAAUCAGUAGAUGUCUAUUUAUUCUAUUGCGUAGUGUAGCGUAGUUUAGUUCAGAACAUCCAAGCUGGUUGACUUAGGAAAAAUAUUCAGAAGUGAAAUAUGUGUGUAGAGAAUGAUGUAACUGCUGAAUAAAGAUGGACGGGUCCUUUGAUUCUCAGAGAAAGGCAGCAGAUCUAAGCACACACUUGGACUAACAGUACAGGCUCCUCUGUUCAUUUUGUCUCUGUAUGUUCGGUGGACAUUAUGCAACCCCUAGCAAUA